AUGGCGAUGUCAACAUUUCAGAAGGUGACCCUCGCGACGUGUCUCGUGCUGUGCGUCGCGUUGCUGCUCCCCAAAAUGCUGCUCUCUCGCGGGAAGAAGGAUGCUGAGCGGCCGGAGGGUCGCUUCCCUCCGAUGAUGCACCGUCAGGCGGUCCCAGAGGGACGAAGCCAGAGGGCCGCAAGCUCCAGAUCUCACAACCCCGAGGCCAGGGCCAAGGGGACGGGGACGGGGACAGGGACGGGAACGGGACUAGGAGGAGCUGGCAAAUCCAAUCUGGCAGGACAGAUCAUCCCUGUGUACGGCUUCGGGAUCUUACUCUACAUUCUCUACAUACUGUUCAAGAUCACGUCGAAGGGAAACAACAAGCCGUCAGAGGGAAGGUUUCCUACAGUUCGAUCAGAGAACACGAAGAGAAAGAUCACUGAUUUCGAGUUGGCCCAGCUGCAGGAGAAGCUGCGGGAAACAGAGCUGGUGAUGGAGAAAAUUGUUUCCAACGCCCACCACAGCCCUGACAGGGUGAAGGGCGUGACGGCGGACCAGGAGGAGAAUCUCCUGCAGCAGCUGACGGAGAUAACUCGGGUGAUGCAGGAGGGCCAGCUGAUGGAGGGGAUGCCGCCACAGAAGAAGGCCCAAGACAGCUGGGAAGAUUAUCCGGAGGAGCCUCAGCAGUACUGGGAAGAACAUUCCAACUGCUGCUGUCAGCACGGCCAGCAGCACCACGGCCCACAGUCAGAGACAGAGGCUGAGAAGACAGACACUGAAGGGGCCGACCUGGUGGAAAACAUACCUGCAGAUGUUACAAGUGGAGGAGAAGCUGAAGAAGAGGAGAGUCUGAGUACAGAUGCUGUGACAGAAUUUACAGCAGGAGGUGAGGAGGAUGUGGAGACAGAGGCUGAUUUAGGCGUGAAUGAGAGCGAGAACUUGGAUGAACGUAAGGAAGCAGGCAGGAAAAUCGAUCUGGGCGUCCCAGAAGAGGACCUGGCGGGGGUCCUGAAGGAGCUGGAGCUCACGUUGAAGAUGACGACCAUGAUGGAGCAGGAGAAGAUCGAGGACCUCACCCGGCCGGAGGAGACACAACCUGCCAGCAGCACGGUCAGACGGAGGAACAAGAGGAGGAGAGCAAAGAAAGACUCACACUAG